CUCUCCCACUCUCCCUUCUUCCAUCAGUAUACUCUGGCUAUAGACAAGCAGGUGUUUGACCUGAGGGAAUCUGAGCUGGAGCAGGUGUAGAGGCAGGUGCAGACACUGCUACAGGAGAAACAGACACACCUCCAGUCCUUACAGGAGGAGAGGGAGCACAGACAAAUUAAGAAGGAGCAGCUGGUGGAACAGCAGCUGUUGAUAGAUCGUCUCUGUGGUGACCUCCUGACCUUCAGGAUGGGAUCCUUUAGACCCUCGCUGGACACUGGGGCUUCUGGGAAGUCAGCGAGGAGACCUCCGUGUUCCCAUGAUCAGCUAAGGCCAUGGUUGUACGAGAUCCAUACUAGUCCUCCGGCCUGUUCGUUGGAGAGGGUGAUGGCUGCCUUUAAGACCCGCAGUCAGCUGCUGCUGGCUCAGAUAGAGAGAGAUGAGGUCCACUGCCCUCAAAAAACACUGAAGGAAAGGAGCGAAGAUGAGGAAGAGGAGUGGGGAGAAAGGGAUUCAGGGUGCAAGGAGCGCAGAGAGAGGCGGAGUCAGACGGUGAACCUGCUGCGCCUAAAGAAGGCGGAGACACAGAGCAGGGCUAGCCUCCAGAAUUAAAAGUGUAGCCAUAUUACAUCGGCAAGGGAUCACAGAUUUGAGUUGCCCCUCCUUGCAGUCAUGGUGAUUCCUUAGAUCUCAUUUGGAUAUUCAACAUAGUUGAAAAUAAGCAAACUGCGUGUGUGUUUUGCCCCUGUACGAUGCCCAGCAGUCUGAGAGACGUAUGUGGCUAGAACACGAGGAGCGUGCUCUGGAGAGGAGGAGGGGCCUGCAGGAGCUGGAGGAGGAGCUGAGGUGCAGAGAAGAGAAGAGGUGCUGCGGCACCGAGAGGCCUGUGUUCAGGAGAGGAACCAGCUG